CGUCACAGUUUCCAAUAAUAGAUCGAGAUUCGGAGCGACAGAACAUUUUACUACCGUAACAAUACAGUGAUUAAUUCCCAUUUGAAGAGCUAGAAGACACCAAAGACCGAAAUGUCACUGUCGACAGUUAUACAGAUACUUUUAGUUUUCCUAGGAAACAACAUUUUACAGGUAGCAGCUGAAUUCUGCCAAGAUUUUCAGAGAUACUGUGACUAUGGCUGCUGCAGUGAGGGUUGUUGUAGCUAUGAUGGCUACUACUACAGUUGGAGCAUUUGGAACAUGUGGUAUUUCUGGUUCAUAAUCAUCUUCAUCCUUCUGUCCUGUUUUGGAGCAUGUGGCUAUUGGCGCCGUCGCCAGUGGAUGUUGGCCCAGCAACGCACCACCACUGCACAGCAGGGUCAUCUCUUCAUACCCUCCAUGGACUAUACCAACCCUGCAGGCCCCCAGAUGUACCCGUAUGGGGGGCCAUACCCCCAGCAACAAGCCCAGGGGAAUUUCCCAUCUCCACCCCCUUAUGCAGAGGUGAUUUCCAAACCAGAUGCAUACCCCCCAUCAAAGCAGGAUCUGCCCCCAUACCCAGGGGAGCCAGUGGUAACAGCCGCCACCACUACAGAGAAUACAAAUACUGCAGUCAACUCCCAACAACAGGUCUCCUCAGGUGCUGCCGCUAUUCCCCAGCCCCCGCCAUAUCAGCCAUCAUCAACGCCACCAGUUACGGACCCCGCGGCGCAAAACCCAGAACUAGUAGCUGUCAUCACAAGCCACACCUAGUUUUCAGCAUAGCCCUGCCCAUUUUUGGGUGGAAGCCCCGCCCCUUUCAGCAGAGCUCCACCCUUAUUGAAAGGACUCUGAACUGUGUGACACUCUUAUGGAGUUGAACUUUGUUCCCAUCUCUCUACUACAAAGCUGUAGCAAACUGACACAGCACCUUAUUAUAUGAAGCAGGAGAAAGAACAGGUCCUGUGACGUGGACUGUCAUUAUCUUUUUGAUUGACAAGUUGGGAUUAGCAUUAAAAUGCAUAAGCCCCGCCCACAUUCUUCUGAGUUUUGAGCUCAGAUUACACGCACAGGAUAAAAACUUAAUAUUAACUUCCUGUUUAGUAUACAAGAUGCGUAUUGUCUCUUGGCACUGUUUAUUAAGAAUAAAACUGGAAGGGGGUGCUUAUUUAUAGUAAAUAUAUAUUAAUUGUGGCAAUAUGAAGGAAAAAAUUGCCAUUCUUUGCAUAUCUGUGCCUGUGUUUCAUAUUUUUUUACAAGCCAGAAACUAACAUAAACAUAAUAUCUCUUAGCUGAUGACCUUCUUGUUUCUUUUCAUCAAAACUUUUCUUUGAUCUUUUUGAUAAAAUCAAAAUUCAAGAUUGCAAUAUUUAUAGUACCCAGUUAUGAUUGCACAGGGUUUGUUUUCAAUGUAUUUAAGCACGGUUUUUUGGUGUUGUGUAUAUUUCUUGUGUUGUGUAGGUAAGUUUGUAUAUAGAAGCCCUGGAUAUUAUCGUGAUAGAAAAAAAUAUAUUUUCAUGGCUUGGAGAUGCUUUGCAGUAUUGUUCUCAAGGAAUGCUAAUAGACUUAGAAAUAUUUUGAUUAAAAAGUCGGCCUCAUCUCCAGACAGAUCUGACAUUGAAGUGUUUAUGGUCACACUUAGUUUGUGCAAUUGCUGGUUAGCAUCCCCCCCCCUCCACCAAGCCCCUUUCCCAUUGUCUACAGUCUUUCAGAGCAAAUUAAAAUUUGUUGACUGAUAAUCUUUCUUUAAUUUAUUGAAUUUUUGUCUGCACCUAUGGUGGUUUUGGUGUGCAGACGUCUAAUCAUGGUGAUAUAUUUAUAACCAAUUUGUAUUUCAUAUGUGCUAAAAUAUUUUCUUGUGCAUACGCAACAUGAACAUUUCUAUUCUAUUUGUCAGGUUAUGUGGAUCCAUGGUAUUUUACACAUAUACCUAUAUAUACAAUUGUGCCUACUGUGCACGGAGAUUAUUUGGAGUUAUGUAAUUAUUGGGAGUUGAAGAGGGAAAAGUUCUGCCCGGCGCUCUUGACGAGUUGUGAUGAAAUGCAUUUGAUGUAUAUAAAAUGAUAUUGAAUAAUUUAAAAAUUUGAAAAAAUUGUGAGAAAAAUUCAAUAUUGGAAUUAAGGUGUUUGAAAUUGUGAGUAAGUAUGGUUGUUUAGUAUUACUAGUGCCUUCAGGUCUUGCCUGUACAUUAAAAUAUAUAAUGUUAUCAGCAUUUUUAUCUGGCUGGAUUCCCUCAUCAAUGAAGUGGGCAAUGACAAAGGAGGAACAGAAAUGUUGGAACUAAAUCAAUGUAGAAUAGGAAUUUUAUUAGAUUAAUAUGUACAUUUGGAUAUCAUAUAAGACUGAGCUUGUUUUACAUAUUUAUCUUCUCUGGCACUUAUAACAUUGCUUGAAGGUGUGAUUUACAAGUCUUUCGUUUCCCACUUGAUAUUUAUAAGAAUUACUCCCAACUUCAAGUAACCUUUUUUCUGAAAAUAAAGGGGUAAAAACAAUUUGUCAAUCUUAAUUUAAUCUGAGUUAAAGCUAUUGCCUUAUAUUUUUAAAUUUGCCAUCCUUUGUCAAUGUUUUGUUAUUCUACUUAAAGAAAAUCGAGGUGGUAUUGACAUUGUGUAAGUCUGGCCACAAACAUAAAUGUGAUUGCUUGUUGCUAUGUGGUAUUAGUCAGCUAUGGGUCAUAUUAAUUAAUUAAGGACCAAUUUCAUGCUUCUAGACAGGUGUUUAUUACCUGUGUUGUGAUAAAAUGAUAGAACAACUGAUGAAGAUCAGUGUAUUGGUUUUCUAUUGGUGAAAGUUGCAAAUGAAAUAACUAGCAUUUGGUUGACAAUAAAAUCAGGAUGUAAAUCAGAACGGGAGCGUCUCGAAAGUUCGAAGGUUCAUUUGUCCAAAAAAUGGUAACAUAUUCAGCGUUUUUUUUUUAAUCAAGGUUCUGUAGUGAAUAUUCGGACCAAUGAACCUUGGGAUUAUUGCUAUGGUCCCCCCAUCAGAGCAGCUAGAGGUGCAUGACAAAAGGGAAAUGUGACCCUCUCUUCGACACAGCGUUUGUGCUUUUAACUGGAUUGGGAAGGGGAAGGGUGAUGGAAGUGAGAACGAUGUUUGAAAAAAAUAAAAUUGUAUUUAUGUGAACAUGAUCCCAGAGUUUUUUAUUUGGAGGACGGUUAGUUCCAAAGGAAUUUUGUUAUUUAGGGUGGUGCAGUUUACCUGCAUAGAGCUUGAAUUAGACACUUUUUAAGUGGGUAGAGUUGUAUUAUGUUGAACUGCCUUUUCUCCAGCUUUGUUUUCUGUUUUUGUUAAAAAAUUGAAAUUGUCUCAACAUAAAGUUCUUUCAAACAA